CCUACAGGUUUGCAACUCUCUACGACACGACCAACAGGAUCCCUGUGUUCUCAGCCUACACCUUCAGUGGUAAGGCAGUUGGUAGACCAAGUCCAGUCCUGGAUGAUCGAGCCCCAGCUUGAAAAUAUAAAGGACCAAAGUGACAUGAAGGUGGAUAAUAAAGCUGUCAAACACCAGGCUGUGGACACAGACUACAAAAAUAACAACCUGGGUCUGGACAGAGGUCACCUGUUCCCAUGUUCGUACGCACCUGAUGAUGCUGCCAAGAGGUCCACUUUCACCCUGACGAACGCCGUUCCCCAGGCAAGUUCCUUCAACCGAGGCAGCUGGAAGACAAUGGAGUGUAGAGUCAGAAAAGCUCUUGAGCUUAACUGUAAGGAUAACAACAACAAGAUAAAAGCCUAUGUGGUGACUGGAGCAGUGCCCAGCAAGAACAACAAACUGAACAACAGAGUGAACAUCCCAGAUCUCAUGUGGACAGCCUACUGCUGUUACAACAGCAACCUGAGAAAGUGGGUGGCCCAAGCACACUGGGGUGAGAACCAAAAGGAGAGCAAGGGGAAAACAUUGAAACCGGAGACCUUGGGAGCACUCAAAAAAGGAGUUGAACAAAAUCUACAAUGUCGGAGUCGAGGUGUUUCACAAUAAAUGUCCAAGAAACGUUAAUGUAUUAGGAGGACGAGACAGGG